CUAGCGGCGUGGCAAGGCAAAAGCUGUGGCGAGGUAAGUGGAAGCGAAGCGAGGCGAGGCGAGGCGAGGCGAGUCGAGGCGAAACGAGGCGAGGCGCGAGCGAGCCGAUCCAAAGAGGCAAACGCAGAGAGGAAGGCGAAGAGCGAGGCGUGGCUCUGUCGGAGGAGCGGUACGGCCCUGGGAGGCGGUGGUGAGGCCUCGCGGAGGAGCAGCGACGACGAGGAGGUGCACGGCACGGGCCAGACAAACAGACUGGCACUGGCAUCGCGGGAGUCAGCGGCAGUGGUCACCGCUGGUCACCGAGACGGUCUCUCUCUCUCGAGAAUCGGCCCGCGUUUCGCCAACAUGCGCCCCGUGUCUAUCCUUUGAGUCGCGGAAACGGGCAAAGUGCGCGCUCGGCUAUGUGCUUCGGAAUCGAUCCUCGAUCGCGGUAACCAGCCAACCGACCGACUCAGCCGGAGAGAGUAUCGCCGUUCGGAAUCGGGCUCGAUCGACCUCGGGAUUAGUUGUGUAUCCGUGCGCGGAUAAAUUCAUCUCUUGGCGGGAUAAAAACGGGAAGGAAAAGUAUCGAUCGGACCUGUUCGGAUCAACGGUUUUCCAAGAAGGAGGAGGAGGAGGAGGAGGAGGAGGAGGAGGAAAGUUGGUAGCAGCUCGGUCGAGAAGAGAGAAGAGAAAAAUCGGGGCGACUAGGAGGGAAGGAGUCGACGGAGGAGGUGUGGAAGCAAGGGGCGAGGGGGAGGAGUAAAGAGACAAUCGGCGCGGUAUUCGGGAGAGUGGCGCGUUUCGGUGUAACGGUCGGUGUACGGUACAACGACAGAGUGUGCGCGGUGUCCUCGAAGGGCGAUCGAUCGGUCGAUCGGCCCGGUCGUCGAUCGCCGUCCACGCUGGUGGCUCGAUAGGGACGACGGCGACGACGACCACGUCGUCGUCGUGCGAGCGCCGACGUAGGAGGAGGAGGAGGGGAAGGUGGUGCUGGUGGAGGUGGUGGUGGAAGCGGGGGGAGGUGGGAUGGUGGCUUCCGGCCCGUGCCGAUCUCGAGCGGAAAGAAGACGCGCCGAGAUGUCGCCGCGCCGUCUCGCGCCCCUGCUGAUCCUCGGCACGAUCCUCGCCGGGCUGACGAGCACCGCCGCGGCGGACAGGAUGAGCGGCCUCUACGUCGACAACGGUUUCGACCAGACCAUCGUGCACAGGGUGGUCAGCCAGCGCGAGAAACGGGAGGUCGAGCACGAGAUAUUGAAUCUGCUCGGAUUGCCGGAUCGGCCGAGGAACACGGCCGGUAGGCCGCCACAGGUCAAGAGGUCGGCGCCCAAGUUUCUCUUGGACAUAUACAAGAACGCUCUUGGCGAGGACGAGGACGAGAAGCCGAUCGGCGAGCAGCAACGUAGGGCCGGCGAGUUCGACCUCACCGGUCAGGAUCUCAGGGCCAUCGACCAGAGCGACGUCAUCAUGACCUUUGCCGCGCACAAUCAUCACGUUGCCGGAGUGAGGCACGAGCGCGGCAAAAGGCUCUGGUUUGACGUCUCCGAGGUGCCACCCGGGGAACACAUAAUCGGUGCAGAGCUCAGGCUCUAUCGCAGCAUGGACGUGAAGAAUCGGAGGAAUCGUGGAUCGUACAUGAUCACGGCCUAUCGGGUAUUGAGAACCGAAGACGGAACAAGGGAGUUGCAAUACGUGGACGCAGUGAACACGACGACGGGAAAGGAAGGGUGGUUGACUUUAAAUAUUAGCGAAUCCCUCUCCCAUUGGGUCAAUAAUCCCGAUGGAAACAAGGGAUUAUAUCUGUCGGUACAUCCCGCGGAUCGUUCUGUGCACGAGAUGAGACCGGAAGACAUCGGGAUCCUCGCGUUCAGAGGCGAUCCCGACAAGCAACCAUUCAUGGUUGGUUACUUCAAGAGUUCCGGCAUCAGAGAGUCGAAGGUACGACAGAAACGGGAUGCCAGGAGAAGAAAGAAGAGCGAGUCAUCGAGCCUGGAUUAUAGGAAUAAUCCGUACACCGAUCCCGGUACGCAGUACAACUCGAGGACCUGCAAAAUCCAAACGUUGUACGUGAGCUUCAGGGAUCUGAAGUGGCAGGACUGGAUCAUAGCACCGGACGGAUACGACGCAUAUUAUUGCAGCGGCGAGUGCAAUUUCCCUUUGAACGCCCAUAUGAACGCGACCAAUCACGCGAUCGUCCAAACCCUGGUGCACCUGGUCAGCCCUGGUAAGGUACCAAAGCCUUGCUGCGCCCCUACCAAGCUCUCGCCGAUCUCAGUGCUGUAUUUCCUCGACGAAAGCAACGUUAUACUGAAGAAGUACAAAAACAUGGUCGUGAAGAGCUGCGGUUGCCAUUGAUCGGCCGGGAUUACCUCGGGCACGCGUGCACGAGUUGUUUCCAGUUGAACGUAUGCGUAUCGCGACGCCGCGCAUCGAAUCUCGACCGACUGAAUCCUGAUCCGCAACCCGCUGUUUCCCGAUCCAGCAAAAUCGUCAAAUCGCUUUCGAUUCGUCUUUCCUUUUUUCCUUUCUUUCUUUCUUUUCGAUCGAGUUAUCGGGGAGUUAUAUCGCAUCGUUGUGAAAAAUUUAAGAAAGAUCGUGGAACGAUUGGAUCGGUUGAUGAAGAAGGGAGAGAAAUUGAAACGAAACCGAAUUUAAGAAAGAUCGUGGAACGAUUGGAUCGGUUGAUGAAGAAGCGAGAGAAAUUGAAACGAAACCGAAUUUAAGAAAGAUCGUGGAACGAUUGGAUCGGUUGAUGAAGAAGGGAGAGAAAUUGAAACGAAACCGCUGGAUCGCUGAUUCGGCUCGAUUUUCGGUUCGGAUCGAAAGAGGGAAUAUCUCUUUGAGCGUCGGUUCUUUGUCGCCCACGCGAAAACGACGAAUGCCGAUCGAUGGCCGGUUAACGAGCGCCGCAAGAAAAUCAUCGGUCGUCUGGUGCCAAAUUCUCGACUAGUAGAUAGUGUAAUUUCUCGAAACGAGUGCUUCCGUACUAACGAUCGUUAAUAAUAAUAAUAAUAAUGAUAAUAAUGAUAAUAAUGAUAAUAAUAAUAAUAAUAACAAUAAUAACAAUGAUGAUAAUGAUAAUAAUAAUAAUUAUAAUAAUUAUAAUAAUAAUAAUAAUAAUUAUAAUAAUAAUAAUAAUAAUCUCGUCGCUGGCAAAGGUGAAUGUUCGAAUACGUUUUUUGGGAAACGAUCGAUCGACGAAUACGUGCAAUUCCAGAUCUUUAUCCGGUUUUAGUGGAUAUCGUUGUAAUAUACAUACGUAACAAUAGGGGAGGGGGGUCACAAUUUUUAUUCGAUUUACUUCGAAUCCUUUCUUCCUUUCUUCUUCUUCUUCUUCUUCUUACUUUUUCUUUUUUUUUUAAUCUUAACUUAAAUAUCUCAUCCAAACGUUCGGUCGGAUUAAUAUAAUCGCGUAAUACGAUUAUUAUUAAUUUAACGACUUUAACGAACGAAUUCUGAGAAGAAAAAAAGAAAAGAAAAAAAAAAGAGAGAGAGAGAGAGAGAAGUUUCCACUUGGUCUGUCGUAUCAUCAAUCUUAGGCGAAGAAACAAACGAAAACAAAACACAACGCAUCUUGUAUCCGCGUUUUCGAAAGUAUUUAUGCAUAAAGUAAACCUGCAUAAAGAGCAAAGAAAAGAUACUUCACUUUUUCUUGUAAUUAGACUUAUUUAUGUUUGUGUAAGUAAUAAAAGCAUCCGUGUUUAAUAGUCGUACGUAUACAGGCUGUUUCGUAAGAUGAAACGAAUGAAAACCAAGUGAGAGAGAUUCUUCGCAAAAAAAAAAAAAAAAAAAAAAAAAAAAAAAAGAAAGAAAGAAUCGAAUCGAUUCUCGAUUUACUUAGCGGAAAUCGAUUCGAUCGAGAAUCUAAUUCCAUCGUAACGUAGUCUACAGAGUAGUCGGGUAAUUGUCACCUUGAUUAUUAUUUUUUUUUUUUUUUUUUUUUUAAGCUACGAAGGAUGAAGAAGAAUUUAUAUAUAGCGAAUACUGCGCGGUACAAAACUGUAUGGUACCAAGUAUUACGGUAUGAUAAUACCUAGUUUUUACUCGUUAUUUAUUAGGAAGAGAGAAAAGAUUUUUUUUAAAAGAGAUGUUAGAAGAAGAUUUUAUUAAUCGUCGUAAAAGUAUUUUAACGCGUUGAAUUAACCGAUGAAUCCACAACAGUUUAUAUUACUUUUAAAGUAAUUAUUUUAUAUUCGUAUAUUUCCUUUUAAUUUCCUUAAAUCCCGUGUAUCGUGAUAAACAGCAUCUGUAGUAUUUUAUCACGAAAGGAUAUAAAAAUACAUAAAAUGUUGAGAUUGAAUGGUUUUGGAAUUGAAGGGAAAAUCCAAUUCAAAUCUAAUCAAAACUGUUGUGAUAAAAAUAAUAACGAUAAUUGCAGACAAUCAAGUUCUCAGUCAAUUAAAUUAAUUUAAUACCGAUUAUACGAUCGAAUCUUUUCCACUGUAUAAUUAUUGUAAAUUAAAUCUUUUUCUCCAGCUUCUUCCUCGUUCCGGGGAAUGGAAUAAAUUCUCUGUAACCAAAAUUUUAUUUGCUUAUGAAAGGAAAGAUUCGUCGAUGAUCAAGUAGAAUUAUUUUUUUUUACUUUGCUAAAGUAAAAAUAAAAAUAAAUAAUUAUCGGAGAGAAAAGUAAAUAUUUCGAUAUAAAUAAUACGUGUAAUGGUAUAUAUUAAUAACGCGACGCACGAUGUAAGCAAAUGAAAUAAUAUUAAAGAAGAAUCCAAGCAAAGCGACGUUAUAGAGGAUUAAGAUGGCGACAGUUACCGAACCACCCUGUACAUACUUGCACACCCGUGUAACUCAACUUUCUAUGUACAUGUAUGUAGAGUGUAAAUGUAUUUAUAUAUACGUAUAUAGAAAGUGGAAGAUUCUUUAAUUUUGUAAUGUCGCGAACUUCUGUCUAAUGUGCGAAAGGCAAUCAAAUUUUUUGAAUAAAAAUAUCACAAAUACAAUGUCCUUCAACCGGAGCGAAAUAUCACAAUGAUGCAAUGAGAAUUUAAUUUUUAAUUAACGUGUCCACUGCCCAACGAAUUUUUUUUCAUUAUCUGUGCGCUGUGUGUGCCAACAUACGUAUUGUUCGAAAUAUUUUGAAAAAUUUGUCAAUUCGCCGUACACAUCGUAAUGCACAUCCCGUAAAAAUCCCGUCUUAAUCCCGAUUAAAAUUGAUAAAUAAGCGCAGUGAACGUGUUAAAUCGAACGAAUAGUUUUUUCCGCCCACUCUUACGUUUUCCUUUUUUUUUUCUUUUUGUAUAAAUUUCCAUUUUUUACAAGCUCGUAAGAAACAUAGGAGAGUUAUAGUCAUACUUAAUCGACACACGCGUGAGAUUAAAAGUUUUAAAUUAUUCCGACGCGAAACUCGAUUGUGCUGCCGCCGCUGCUCGAGAAAUAUGUGUCAGCGUUGUUUAAAAAGCGAUUAACGAGCGUUUAACCGUGUGAAUGGGAAUGAAGAAGCAUAGUCCAUUUUAGCUCGUGGGAUGCGUGAAUGCCUUUGUGAAUGCGAUCACAAAUCAAUCGAUGAAUAUAAUAGUCUGUGGUAUCAUUAACACAAUUUUUGUAAUGACAAUGUAAAUAUAUCGUUGUAAAUACGUUCUAUAAUACAUACUACAUAUAACGUGUA